CUUUAUGCACAUGCGUACUCAGGUGCGCUAGAGUGAGGCGCGCCUGCUGAGCAACAAUGGCGGCGGCCAUACGAGUGGCGGCGGCUGGAGCUAGGCUCAGCGUUCUAUCUAGUGGUCUCCGCACUGCGGCUCGCAGCCUUUGCAGCCAAGGCGCCUCCGUUAACGAACGUAUAGAGAAUAAAAGAAGCGCCGCACUGCUGGGAGGAGGCCAGCGCCGCAUCGAAGCGCAGCAUAAGCGAGGAAAGCUGACUGCCAGGGAGCGAAUCAGUCUCUUGGUGGACCCUGGCAGCUUUGUUGAGAGUGACCUGUUUGUGGAACACAGAUGUGCAGAUUUUGGAAUGGAUGCUGAUAAGAAUAAGUUUCCUGGAGACAGCGUGGUCACUGGAAGGGGCCGGAUCAAUGGAAGAUUGGUUUAUGUCUUCAGUCAGGAUUUCACAGUUUUUGGAGGCAGUCUGUCAGGAGCACAUGCUCAGAAGAUCUGCAAAAUCAUGGAUCAGGCCAUAACAGUGGGUGCUCCAGUGAUUGGGCUGAAUGACUCUGGGGGAGCCCGGAUCCAAGAGGGAGUGGAGUCCUUGGCUGGCUAUGCAGACAUCUUCUUGAGGAACGUCAUGGCAUCCGGAGUCAUCCCUCAGAUUUCUCUGAUCAUGGGCCCGUGCGCUGGUGGGGCCGUCUAUUCUCCAGCCCUGACAGACUUCACGUUCAUGGUGAAGGACACCUCCUACCUGUUUAUCACGGGCCCUGAUGUGGUGAAGUCUGUUACCAAUGAGGAUGUCACCCAGGAGGAGCUUGGUGGUGCCAAGACCCAUACUACCAUGUCAGGUGUGGCCCACAGGGCCUUUGAGAAUGAUGUGGACGCCCUGUGUAACCUCCGGGAGUUCUUCAACUACCUGCCCCUCAGCUGUCAGGACCUGGCCCCUGUCCGUGAGUGCCACGAUCCCAGUGAGCGUCUGGUUCCUGAGCUUGACACAGUUGUCCCUCUGGAAUCUACCAAAGCCUACGACAUGCUGGAUAUCGUACACUCGGUUGUUGAUGAGCGAGAAUUUUUUGAGAUCAUGCCCAGUUAUGCCAAGAAUAUCGUUGUUGGUUUUGCAAGAAUGAAUGGGAGGACUGUUGGAAUUGUUGGUAACCAACCCAAGGUGGCCUCAGGAUGCUUGGAUAUUAAUUCAUCUGUGAAGGGGGCUCGAUUUGUCAGAUUCUGUGAUGCGUUCAAUAUUCCACUCAUCACUUUUGUUGAUGUCCCUGGCUUUCUGCCUGGCACAGCGCAGGAAUAUGGGGGCAUCAUCCGCCAUGGCGCCAAGCUUCUCUAUGCGUUUGCUGAGGCCACUGUGCCCAAAGUCACAAUCAUCACCAGGAAGGCCUAUGGAGGUGCCUAUGAUGUCAUGAGCUCUAAGCACCUUCUUGGUGACACCAACUAUGCGUGGCCCACAGCAGAAAUUGCAGUCAUGGGAGCAAAGGGUUUGUGGAUGACAUCAUACAGCCUUCCUCCACCCGUGCCCGGAUCUGCUGUGACCUGGAUGUCUUGGCCAGCAAGAAGGUACAGCGUCCUUGGAGGAAACAUGCGAAUAUUCCAUUGUAAACAAACCAUGGGGGGGGGAACCACAAGAGCUGAAUCAAGAGCCCAUCCCUGCCUUUGCAAUCAUGGAAACCUGGGAAUCUAAAUUCCAGUAAUAACUGGGAAUAGCCAAUAAGUUUAUUAAAUUCUAGGAGUACCUCUUUUGUGCCGUAUUAUAAAAUUAUGUGCAUUAUUAAAAAAUGAACUGG